AUGCGCAUUCUCUGUCUCCAUGGAGCAGGCAUCAAUUCUCGUAUCUUCGAGAUGCAGACAGCUGCCAUCCGCUACGAGCUAGCAGACGGCCACGUCUACGAUUUCGUCGAAGGUACCAUUCCUUGGAGCAUGUACCCAGGUGUUGAAACAAUCGCCUUGGAGAAAGAACCUGUUUUCGCGUACUUUGACGACAAAGACCCGCAGAGUGGUCUCGCCGUCUAUCGGCAUUUCGAACAACACCUGCGAGACGAGGGGCCAUACGAUGGUGUAAUUGCAUUCAGUCAAGCGGCGACGAUGAUCCUAACGUACCUUAUAUAUGUCUUCAGGAGAAAAAAGCGAGGAGACAACGUUGACAGCCCGUUCAGAUUCGCUGUGUUCUUCUCGGUUGUGCGGCCACCGAUUGACUAUGAGGGAUUACAGACGGGGGAGUUUGCAGUCGUUGAUUUAAAUGAUGUCAAGGGUAUUGUCGAGAUCCCCACGGUCCAUGUAUGGGGUGCACUGGAAGAGAGUGGCAGCCAAGCGGCCAUGGCGAGCGACGUCUGCAGGUCAGACAUGAAGUGGACGUAUGUUCACGAUCGAGGGCAUGAAAUUCCUGGCUCUGGGAGCAAGGAUGCUGUGACAAAGACAGCGAAUGCGAUACGAAGGGCGAUAGAGACUGCGUCGGAUCAUCUCGAUAAUAAAGAGUAG